GUCCUGAAGUGCUAAGGACAAUGAACCGUCAUCUAGCAUGGAAUAUUUACCUGUUCAAGUUAGGACUGUACACAUCAGCUCUCCUAUUUUGGCUGCAAAGAGCCCCUUUUUCUAUAAGUUGUUUUCAAAUGGAAUGAGGGAGUCGGAGCAGCGACAUGUAACUUUACGAAUUCAAGUCUCAGAAGAAGCUGCCCUCAUGGAUCUGCUAAACUUUAUGUAUAGCAAUACAUUACCAAGAACCACUCCAACUGCUUUAUUGGAUGUACUGAUGGCUGCUGAUAAAUUCGAGGUUGCUUCAUGCAUGCGAUAUUGCAGCCGGUUACUGCGCAGCUUGCCAAUGACUUGUGAAUCAGCCUUGCUUUACUUGGAUCUUCCUUCAACUGUUUUAAUGGCUGAUACCGUUCAGCAACUAACAGAUGCUGCCAAACAGUUCCUUGCUGACCGCUUCAAGGACUUAAGCAAGUAUCAGGAAGAGGUUAUGAACCUGCCUUUAGCUGGUAUUGAGGCAGUUCUAUCUAGUGAUGAUCUGCAGGUGGCCUCAGAGGAUGUCAUUUAUGAUAUUGUGCUGAAGUGGGCCCGAGUACAUUACGCAAAGCUGGAAGAACGACGAGAGAUUCUGAGCAAACGUCUACUUCGGUUUGUUCGUUUUCCAUGCAUGACUUGCAGAAAGCUAAAGAAAGUCCUAACUUGUGGUGACAUCGACCCCGAAUUGGCAUCCAAAGUUGUUCUGGACGCUCUCUUUUUCAAGGCUGAAGCUCCUUAUAGGCAGCGCACUCUUCUGGCAGAGGAUACGAAUGCUUCAUUCCGUCGAUUUGUGGAAAGAUCAUAUAAAUACCGACCCGUGAAGGUAGUUGAAUUUGAAUCACCUCGGCAACAGUGUGUAGUUUACCUGGAUCUCAAGCGAGAGGAAUGUGCACAGCUCUUCCCGUCAGGCCGGAUCUACUCACAGGCUUUUCACUUGGGGGGCCAAGGGUUUUUCUUGUCAGGGCAUUGCAACAUGGAUCAGAAUAGCUCUUUCCACUGCUUUGGGCUGUUUCUGGGUAUGCAAGAGAAGGGUUCGGUUGCCUUCACCGUCGACUACGAGUUUGCAGCAAGAAUGAAGCCGUCCGAGGAUUUUGUGAGCAAGUACAAAGGGAAGUACAUGUUCACGGGAGGGAAGGCCGUGGGCUACCGCAACCUCUUCACUACGCCAUGGACUGCGUUUAUGGCUGACGACAGCCCUUACUUCAUCAAUGGCGUUCUUCAUCUUAGGGCGGAGCUCACAAUCAAGAAAUAACAUGUCCAGUAGGGUUGGUGGCACAUUUUGUUAAUGAAAAUCAGCCAUGUGUUUUUGCGAUGGUUGCUGCUUAGUAUAACUGCUCAUGUAGCCAUGUACAUAUUCAUCUCACUCUUGCUGUUUCUCAAAUACUACGUCUGUGCAGCAGUUUACUGGAGAACGAAUCCAACCUCUAAUUUCAUUUACGUGAAAACGUUUUCGAUUUACAGAUAA